AAGUAAGAAACCUGUGCUUCCUCGAGACCGGCGCGCGCCGCAGCAGGAAGAGAAGGAGAGCGCGAGGCGAGCAACUGAACUAUGAUGAUGAUGAUGGGGAAGUAACUGUCAGUCGCCUGAGGAGACAUUUUCACAACUUUUUUGGCUCAUUCCUAAAGUUUUAGUGCGGUUUCAGUGAAGUGGAGCAAACGGCGCGAACAUGUUCUCUCGAAAGAAGAAGGAGCCGACAAAUAAAGCGUCCUCACCCUCCAAAAAGAGCAACUCUGCGCAAAACCCUUCGGAACACUCUCCCAACGACACUAUCGAUGGCUCCUGCACACUGGCCCCUCCUGAUCCGGGUCCCUUAUCCUGUCCGGGAACACCGUCCUCCCACUGCAAGCUAACAGUGUGCAGUCCACCUGUCGGCGCGCUGAAGCGGCCCUCGGGUCUCAGCCGUCACGCCAGCGCCGUCGGCUUCGCCUUCCACGCCUCGGGGACGUGGGGCUUCCAUAAGGGCUACGUGCGGGCCGCUCUCACCUACGGACAUGCGGCGGAGGCUGCGGAAACAUCGGUCAUCGAGGUGGAGGACAUUCCCUCGCUGCUGCGAGACGUCGCCCGCUUCGCAGAGGCUGUGGAGAAACUAAAGGACAUGGUGCUGGGAGAAGAGAAGGCCAGACGCCUACUGAGCACUUUUCUCAUGAUGCUGCUGCUGCUGCUCAUUGUGGUGAUGUGGUAUUAUAGUGAGGCUUUUGAUAUUCCACUUUUAGACUUCAUGUACACUCGCUUCCUGAAAUGUGAUCAGAUAUAG